GCAAUUCUCGCAGCGCAUUGUAUUACGUUGUUAGCUUUCAAUCUGGAUAUUGAAAAGCGACAUUUUCUCUACUUAAUGCCAGAAGAUUUCCUAGCAUAACAAUCUCGAUUUCUGCUUUCUUUUGUAUAAAUUGUUAAAUAUGAACAAUAAGUUCAAUGCGCUCAAGUCGGAGGAGAACGAAAAUGGAACUGAAGAAAAAUUUAAAGAGUUCUCUCCUGAACCUAUCCUACCAAGGAAGAAACCCCCACCGGUAAAGGAUGGAGACCAUUUAUUAGAGUAUCAUUAUACACUAUGGUUUUCACGAAAGUCACCGGGAAAGCAGUCAUCAUCCUCAGUAUCAUAUAAUUCUCAGCUUAAGUGCAUCAUGACUUUUGCGAGCAUCGAGCAAUUCUGGCUCAUUUACAGCCAUGUAGCUCGGCCGCAUGAAUUAUCUGGCCAUUGCGAUUACCAUCUGUUUAAAGAUGGUAUAAAGCCAAUGUGGGAAGAUGAAGCCAACGUUAAAGGGGGUAAAUGGAUGAUCCGCUUAAAAAAAGGUCUUAUUAGUCGCUGUUGGGAAAAUUUAAUAUUAGCAGUUCUAGGAGAGCAAUUUAUAGUCGGAAAUGAAAUUUGUGGAGCUGUAGCAUCAAUGAGAUAUCAAGAAGACAUUUUAUCUUUAUGGAAUAGAACUGCUUCCAACAAUGAAGUUACAAGUAAAAUAAGGGAAACUCUCAAACGUGUUCUGAAUAUACCCCAAAAUACAAUCAUGGAGUAUAAAGCUCAUACGGAUUCCAUCAAGGAUAAUUCCAGCUAUCGAAACACCGACGUUUUUGUGAAAUAGUUUGUGAAUUUUUAAGAUAAUUAGUGUAUUUUAUUCUGCAAAUACACAAAUGUUAAGGGAUGCAGUUAAUUUUAUUGAGAAUAUAUAUUCUCUCUUUGUACAACCGCUUCUUCUUAUCAUUCCCACCUUUCUCUAGUGAGAAGGAAACUACGUGAUAUCGAAUAAUUUGGAGAAUAAUAGCAUCUUUCCAAAAGUAGGUCAAUCUUUCCAUUUCAAAAGUUUAUCCCCUGUAUUUUAUUAAAUUAAGAAAUUUUAGUGUGAUGUCAAGUUUCGGAGGAAAUCAGAUAAACAAAAGAUCUACAUUAAGGCUUUUUUUUCCGCGUUUGAUGUGUAGUCUAGUUAGUGCUAAUAGGAAUAAGGAGCAGAUUAACUUAAAAAGAAAUAAGGACAUACAAAAAAACAAAUUUCUGCGAUAAAACACUAUAGAAAUCGUCAUAAUUGGUGCAUGCUUCAAAGGGAGAAACGCUGGCUUUUUAUAUCAAUUUUAAGGUAAGUGGCGCAUCUAGGUCGCUUCAUCAAAUCCCUGUCAGCUACAUAUGGUUUAGAAGAGUUCGUUCCACAUAAGAGACCUUAGGAACGAAUAUGAAUAUGUUAGAGAUAGGUUUAGCAUUGGUAUUAAUUUCUCUUCUUCCUUCAAUAAACAUCUGAUUUAGUUUCAAAUCUUUUUUUGAAUGAUAAGAAAUCGAAACAAAGAGCAUACUAUAUUUUAUGCCCUACGUUAUAUUGAUAGUCUAACGUUCUGCAAUUAUAUAUAAUUA